AUUGAUAUUUCAUUCCAAAUAUUAAACUUUCAUUCUGUAUAUUAAAGGUUUUUAAUUUUAUAUGUUCAACUUUUUUGCUAAAGACCUAAUGUCUUGUCAUGUAGUCAAGUUGUUAUUCUAAAUACUCAACUUUCAUCCCAUAUAUUCAUGUUCUUUUGCAUAUGUUGACAAUUUUAUCCAUAUAUUCAAGUUUUUAUUUUAUAUCCUCUCUACAUAUGAUACAUUUCUUGCCGCUUUCUACUGAAAUGUGCAUUCUUUACGUUCAACUUUCUUUGCAUAUAUUCAAGUCUUUGCAAUGGUGCACUGCAAAACUGUAGAUGAGCAUGAAGCUACUAGAACACAACCGUUGGUUUCUGUGCUGGACCAGCAGAAACAUACGGUGCCUUUCACUCAACCGGCCCACCAACACAGGUGAAGGUAAAACAGAUGGGUGGGACAUGUGACUUUAAGUUUAGCUGCGUCUGUGUGAGGGGGGAUCAGAAGUGAAGUGAUGGCCCAGGUGAAGGUAGCGGGAGAGAGUGUGAGGAUCCACCAGGACAGCACGGAUCUUUACUCCGACAUGACUACAGUCAGCUCCAGUGCAGAUAUAGGAGAGUCGGUGAGGAAGGGGACAUUGUGCGAGACCUCCGUGGCUGUAGGAUUCAAUAGACGGAGCAGAGCAUACCCCUCCCCAGCCAGAAGACGCCACCGCACCACCUUCAGCCACAAACAGCUGGAGCAGCUGGAAGUGGCGUUUGGACAAAAUCAGUAUCCUGACAUCUACUACAGAGAGGAGCUGGCUCGAAUCACUAAACUCAAUGAGGCUCGCAUACAGGUGUGGUUUCAGAACAGGAGAGCCAAACAGCGUAAGCAGGAGAGGGCCUCGCAGAAGGUUCUCCCAGUGGGAGUGAUGCCAGGCCACAGGGCGCUUCUGGGAGGCGUGCACAUCCAGCCGUCCGGCAUGUCUCGGCAGUACUACCCCCAGCCCCUGCCCCACAUCCCUCGCCUCUCUUCCAUGUUGCCCUCAGGGGCAUACACCCGCCACCCGGGGCCAGGUAGCCAGUGCCCAUGUCCCGGCGCUUCCACUCAGCCAACCUCCCAGCGGCAGCAUGAUGACUGGUACGGCUCGCUGAGGAGCAACCUCACCUCGCCCAUGUUCUCGCUCACCUCCAUGCCGCCUCUGGAUCCCACCUCUCACUGGAGCUAAGAAGCACCAGAUGUUUCCACACAGAAUACUAAGAAGCCUCUUUUUCAUCUUCACAGUUACACACAUCCUGUUUGCUCUCUCACUGCUGAAUUUUCCAGCUAGUCUGUAAAAUAAAAUGUAUCUUCUUAGCCACACCCGAGCUUCCCCAGUCCCUUGGCUGGAAACGACUGAUGUCUACUGGAUUUAUAGA